AUGGCGUUAAACAAGAUCCAGUCCUCAGAAUGGGACAAAACCUCAUCUGAAUACUCCAAAACGCCCAUCCAAGGACCCCUCAUAUACCCCUGCAAUCGGAUGCUCGCUAAGAUGGACGCUGUGUCCAGUUUCUCUUCUGCAACCGCCAUACUCGACGUCGGCUGCGGUCCCGGCACUGUGGAAACCCUGCUGAUCAAUGGCUAUGGAAAUAAGAUUUCGCCCAGUGCCAGGCUUAUUGCGAGUGACUAUUCCAAGGGCAUGGUCGAUGCGACUCGGAUCAGAAAAGAAGAUACCAUUGCAGCUGGUCAGGAUGUGGGUAAUUGCUGGGCACGGCUCGAAACGCAGGUCAUGAAUGCUCAGGAUUUGUCGGACGUGCAAUCAAAUAGCUUGUCACAUGUCAUAGGGAGUUUGGUUUAUUUUAUGAUCCCCGAUCCAAGGAAGGGGUUGCUAGAAGCGCAUCGAGUAUUGAAAGAGGGGGGAGUGUUUGCGUGCACCAGCUGGACGAUGACAAUAGAGUGGACGACGUUUGUCAUUUUAGCGGCGAAGCGAGCAAAACCCGACUUGGACUUCGACUUCACCAAAGGUAUCAUGCUCGAGCAAUGGACAAACACAGAAGGCGUCAAGGGCGAGCUCGAAGCCGCCGGAUUCCACAGCGUGCACAGCGAAUACGUCGAAUUUGACUGGAAACUAGAGGACCCUGUCAAGCAUGCCAAUAACAUGGUGAGGAGUGCUAAUCCCGGGCUUCAGCCAGCCUUGAAGCAACUGAGCGAGGUCGAGCUGGAUCGGUGCUGUGAGGAGUAUAUCAAAAUUGUGGAGGAACACGGAAAUGUGUGCAAGGGUGUUGCGGUGCUUGGGGUUGGUCGGAAGUAG